GGCUCACAAGAAGAUCUAUGCCAUUGCAACUAGUAUGCGGUUCAAUUAAAAAUUGAUGAAUCUAUCACGAUUUGAAGUCUUUGAUUUGGACUCUAAUAAGUGGUCAAUCCUCCCUGACCCCCCUAUAAACAAGAAACUCACUGGUCAUGCUCUGGUUGACAGAAGGGUCUUCAUAUUAACCUUGGAAAAUGAAAUCUUCUCUUUCAACGUGGACACAUGUGUAUGGGUUCGGUUCUCAAAGCACUGUCGGGUCCUGCCUUAUUUUGACAGGAGUGCUGAGUUUGUAGAGGAUACCCUCUAUUCCAUUUACAAUUACACCGUCGCUGCAUUUGGACCGACCUCAGAGUCCGAGCCAGAGGCUAAAGCUAAAGGAUUGUUUGAUCGUAUGGCACUGCUGUCCUCAGAUGUAGGUGAUGCUAUUGAGGAUAAUCUUGGAGUAAAAUGUCCUUCGGCUUACCUAGUUCAUCUGGGAAAUAGGAUUUUCUAUUAUGUCUCAACUGGCAGCCUUCCGGACCCUAAAAACCCUGACCACUUAUACUUUGGAGAUACUGAAAAGCGUAAAAUUAGCAUCAUUACCUUUGAGGUUCUCGGGGAAACCUAUACUGAAUCUUCUAAUGAAGGAAACAAAACUUUUGUCCAGUCAAAAUUGUUGCGCACCGCACAAUUUGUUGCCAGAAGCAAAUGUGGUGCCAUUGCUGAUAGUGGUUUUCUUCUAGGCUGCUUCUUAAUUUCCACUGUUCAACUAUACUUUGAGACACACUUGUAGUAGACAUAUGUGAAGAGGAUUUCAGAUAUUGCGACCACUAUAAUGGUGCUACUCUUGAUUUGUAUGAUCAAACAAUAGAACUUAAGUUGGCAUUAUCCUCCAGACUCCGAGACGCAGUAUUGGGUGUGGUAUAAGGGUUGAGGCAUGCAAUUAAACAUGUGCUGCCUAGUGCCUGCAGCUGUGACCAAGAUUGAGAAAAUCAUAUUUUUGUUCACUAUUAAGUUCCAGUUCAUUAUUUUUGAACAUGUUCCCUGCCUGAAUA